GUCUCCUCUGUCCCGGUCUGGUCUGGUCCAGCGAUUCCUCUUGCCCCUGUUCGCUCAUGGACCGCGAAUCUCGGCAUCUGCAGCUGCGUGUCCAUGGCUCAGACCCAAACAAGAUGCAUCUCGCCCUGCAGCCAGCCCAACCCCAACCCACAAUCCCAGGCGACGCUCGCGGCUCCGUGCAAACCCACCCGGCCAUGUCUGCUCAUUCAUGGCUGAUACCCCAGAACCCGUUCACGGACAGACCGUCUCUGGCGAACCACUUGGCGCUGCCCACUUUCCUAUGGCGGCCUGAGGUGCAAUUCGCCAGCCUGCUGCACCACUCCUCGUUUCCGUGUCCCGGUUGCUCUCUCAGCCACCCAUACAUCCCCAUCGGCGCCUCGGCAAGCCCUGAUGACAGCGACAAGCCUCGGAAACACACCCCUCAGCUCAUCCAGGCCGGCCCAUGGGAGAGAGAUGGGAGAAUCGUUUACACCAGACAAGGCCCUGUGCGUUUCAUAGCAUGGUGGCGACAAUGUCUCGAAUGCCGGAUCAUGAUUCCCAACGUCUCGGAACCCUACUUGUCGCAUUUGCCACCGAUCAUUCAAGCGCAGCUGCCCUUCGUACUGACAAAGCAUGGCGGCUAUGAGCUGGAGCUCUUGCACCAAGUAUUCAGCAGAGUGUCCCAAGGCGACCUGCCAGCCAUCGAACGAGAAGCUAGAACCCUGCAUGACGAUGUUGUUCGCUUGCGAGAGAAACAGGUCGCGCAGUAUCGACAGCAUGUGGACCUGUUCAAUCGGCUCUAUGACAACCAAGGCGUUCACGAUAUUUCGGGCGAUGCUUCGAGCAUCGAAAGCAUGCUGGACAUCCCCUCACUUUCACGGCUGGUCCAAGAGCUCCAAAUGCUCCACACUUGUCGGGGUGCCUCUCAGUCAAAUCCUGGGCUAAGAUUUACCUGGCGGGUGCCUGCUCCCGAAAACGGGCUCGUGUGGCCACGACCGGUGGAUUCGUCGGACUAUAGACUAGAGACACAUCAUGCGACGAACAAGCCCUACAGAAACUCUGUCGCAGAUGCAGUGAAGGAGUCAAAGCCAUCGAUUGCGGUAGCUGACCCAAUUCAGCCCACUAACCUGUCCUUCACUGCACUCCCUGCAAGCCCAGUCCCUGUCCAACCGAUGGACUCAGCCGCUGCCGAGAAUAAUCGCCCGACAUCAUCAAGGCUAGCUGCACCGCCUGAUGCGUCCCUAUCAAACCUCUCCACCGCACCAAGUCCGUCGCGGAGGCGGAGUGGCCGUGGAAAGCAACACCGACCCACGGAAGGCACUCGCGAGCAAUCUGCCCAGCGGGAGCAUCCAAUCCUCUCGGCUCCUCAGCAUGCGCCUGCCGAGAAUCUGCCCUACCCUGAACCGUCAAUUUUGGCACAAAGCCCUCGUCUCUCAGUCUUCUCGUCAGCGCCAUCUUCACCGCUGAUUCCAUUCGAUGUAGCUGCAUCUCCGACACCACUGCGGGCCACUCCCCAAGCGCUCGUGUCCGCAGACAUUGUUUCAUCAGGCGUGUCCACAAUAUCCAGCUCCUCCAGCUUCGACGACGCCGAUGCCUCCAAAGCCAAUGCCCAUACAGCCCCAGUCACGACUGCUGCGGAAGCGUCACUCACCCCACGAGACUCACGGCCAGGUGCAAAGGCUCCGCUAAACAGAGCUAUCGGCCAUGCUGUGCAAGGGCGAAAGCCAAUCCAGAUCCUACCAAAGCCAACAUCGUCACCAAGCUCGAGUCCACUAUCAAGCCCCCAUAUCCAACCUGUGCCCGUCGCCGUGCUCGGAUCGAUGCCGACCGGCCGUCCGAUUGCCCCUGGGACCACCUUGUCGUCAGCCGAGCCGCAAAAGGCCAGGUCCUCGCAGUCCGCCAAAAAGUCCUCAAGAAAGCCAGGCGACAAGCAAGCUCAGAUCAUGCCCAAGCCGGCAUUUCUCCUCCCGUUGGCCCCUGGCUCUCCACAUAGCCCUCAGAACCUAAAGUCCACUCGAUCAAUCGGUCACCCGUCCGCAGCACUUCCGAUGCGCACCUCGCUCUUCGACAAUCUGGGAGGCCCACCAAGUCGGGGCGAGACGGCUUUUCAAGUAGGCUAUCGCCAGUCUAUCACGAUCCCGAAUAGCCCUGGCCAAUCUUCGAUCGACUACUUUGCCCCCGCCAUGCACUCUCUACCCGGUGCAAGGCCGUCCUGCGCGCCUGCAGCCAGCGGUAGUCAUGCCGUACAGAGUACGAGCCAGCCCCUCCCCCUUGCGCCUCGAAUCGAAUCUCGGCCAUUCGAUACUCAAGAGACCCGAAAUGCAACGAACACACCUCUGUUCAGCCAACAGAACCACCGGACCCACGGUGCCGAUGGCCAGGGUAGCCUAGUGUCGCAUUCCUCGCGAACAACCGAGCGGCCGGAUCGAUUUGAGCCGUCGUCCAAUACGCGUGAGGCGCUGAUGGCUGUCCGUGAGCCUGACUUGAGCAUUGACCACUCGGGAUCCUCAAUCAAUCUCAGCCUCCCAAAGCAGGAGCCAUCCCUUGCUGCACAAACUUCAACCUUGCAUGCCAUUCCACAGAAUCCGGACCUGGCCUCAGUUGGCCGUCAUUGGUCGGGGUAUAGGUCCGAAGGAACUUGGCCAGAUUCGAAAUCAACCGGAUCGGGGCUCGAGACUCCGCCCGACACACCCUGUCCAGCGCACGACGAAGCAACCAACAAGCCGCCGCAAUCGGAUCUGGGCUGCAGCUCUGCGACAACCACACCAAACCCGGUACACGAAACCGCUCAACCGAGCCACAAGUCUUCCACAAUGGCCACUGUCCCGCCAUGCCAACCGCCGAACAGCACGAGCAGGUCUCUGGAGCGCGAGGUUGCCGAGUCACUGAUCCAUCUGGCCUCUGUCAAUGUUCGCACCAAACAUAACUCCGAUAUGCCGUCAGGAACUCUGCAGCCUGCCCAGGCCAACGUCACUGCAGCACCGCCUCAUCAGCGACUGCGUGCGGAUGAGCCUGGAGCAAGCUCCCUCGAAUGGCGGAGGCCGUACACCGACCCAUGUUCGAGCUCGCCUGCACCCUAUGGCGCUCAUUCCCAGUUCCCGGAGAAGCCGUUCGACCCGUCGUUGCGAUCCAAUGACCAACGCUCAAAAGCCCUCCCCAAGACCACCGCGACUGAGCAACAGCCGACAACAAUAUCCCGGAGCAAGGAAUGGUACUCCGAGUACACUGUCCAUGCUGGCUACUCCGGGCUGCCCUUUCAUCCACCCAUCGACUCAUCAAACCCAAACGGCAAUAGGGCCUCGGCUGAGAUGUUCUAUCGAUACCCCGUCGGCAGAGAGUCCGUGAUUCAGAAGGUGCAGCCCGUCUCAAGCGAUCAAAGAUCAUCCACAGAGCUGGCGACUCAGUCAAGGAAAGCUGUCUCGCUGCGCUCCGUCGAUGACAAGGUGCCGUUUGCUCACAAUAGCGCCAUUGUGGCCCAGCAAGCAUCUCCAGGACGGGCCCGUGACGCGAAUUCCAUCGAUCUCCAAGUGGCGACUCCGCGGUAUUCAGCCUUGGGAUUGCGACCGGCGCCAAAUCAUGGACUCAAGCACGAGGAUAGAGCUGUGGCACCAGAUAGCCCCCGAGAAAAUAGCAAGAUGGAAUCAAUUCCCCCGAACACAGUCGCCGGUAGUGGCAGUACCCGAUGGCUGGACGAAAGCAGACCACCAGGCAAUGAAGCUGCGCUGCUUGACCGUCUCUCCGAGUCGCCCUUUCCAAAACCAGGUCCGGCGGCUGGUCGACAGAGCCUUGGCGAGCUCUCGCCAGGGUCGAAGCGACGUCUGUCUCCGGUGGCUUCGACGCCGCCGAAGAAGUGCCGAUUGAUUUCAUCGUCGGACUAGCACGACAGCGAAAGACUCUCGCUUUACGAAUGUGCCCUCUGCGAUGAGCAUGCUCAUGUACGUUGAUGCAUAGAUCCCCAAGAACGCGUCGUUCAAUCCACCCCCAUGUACAUAGGAUCUCUGUUCGUUUAUAAGGUCGGGCAGAAUGAAAGAGUGGAUGAACCCAUGAAUAGCCAAUCCGCCGACA